AUGUCAAGACAUGGGAAUUCACGAAGAAAUGAUAACCAAUCAAGAGAUGCCCAACUUAUGGGGAUGUAUCUGGCGCUAGAGAUUGCGGCGGCCGAAGAAGAUGUCCCGCGCAACAUUCCUUGUCGAACCUCACGUCUACAAGGCAAAUAUUACAUAGAGGAAGUUUUUGGCAAUGACACAAGGAAUGGUAUAACCGUCAAGGAGAUGGUCGGCAUGUUCUUAAUGGUAGUUGCACAUAGUACUCGCUUGGCCGUGGUUGCCGAACGAUUUCAGCAUUCUAAGGAGAUGGUGUCACGAGUCAUCAAGGUAAUAGCUCAUGGAAUUCAUUCGUUGUCACCAACGUAUAUAAGACGGAGGAACGUUGAUGUGCAGCCGGAAAUUCAGAGUUGCCGAAAAUGGUACCCAUUCUUUCAGAAUUGCAUUGGAGCAAUCGAUGGGACCCAUGUGUCUGCUUGUGUUCCAUCAUCGAUGAGAGGCGCGUAUCGCGAUCGGAAUAACGAGAUUACGCAAAAUGUACUCGCCGCUUGUUCGCAUGACAUGAUGUUCACUUAUGUCGUCACUGGAUGGGAGGGUUCUGCUCAUGACUCUCGAAUUCUGUCCGAUGCCGCUACAUUGGAAUUAUUUCCUGCACCAUAUGGCGAACAAUAUUAUGUAGUCGAUGCGGGAUUCCCUAAUAUUCCCGGUUACCUGGCUCUUUACAAAGGCCAAAGGUGGUCCAAAGAUUCACAGUCUGUAUGA